AUGGACUUACAAUUAUUGGAUGAUGUGGAAGCCAUAGCUGUUGCAUAUGCGCUACAUAAACGACAUCAGCAAAAAAAAAGAAUAUCGAAGAGGCGUUAUUGGGUACAUCCAAUUAACUUAAAAAGGCCAGAAGAAGGCCAAUUUAAUGUUAACUUUAUGGUACUUCGAGCACAUCCAGAAGAGUUUAUAAAGUACUACCGAAUGUCUAUCCAAUCGUUUGACGAGCUGAUUUCAUUAUGUGGACCAUUUUUAUCAAAACAGUUGACAAAUAUGCGUGUUCCAAUUUCAAAAGAAGAACGACUUACAAUUACUUUGAGAUAUCUGGCAACAGGAACACAUUACACGGCCUUACAUUUUGAAUUUUUAGCGGGAGUAUCUACAAUAGCCAAAAUAGUACAAGAAACUUGCGGGGCCUUAUGGAAAGUGUUACAACCUUUGGAAAUGACGGAACCAACAACUAAAGACUGGCUGGAUAUAUCGAAAGGUUUUUACGAAAAAACGAACUUUCCAAAUACUGUUGGAGCGGUGGAUGGAAAACACAUAAGGCUCGAGUGUCCAAAUAACAGUGGCUCGUUAUACUAUAAUUACAAAAAAUUUUUUUCUUUGAUUUUAAUGGCCGUUUGUGAUUCAAACUAUUGUUUUCGGAUCAUCGAUGUUGGAUCAUAUGGAAAGGAAAGCGACUGUAAUGUAUUCAAAACUUCAACAUUCGGUAAAAAAGUGUACUCGGAUAGUGUAAAUUUUCCACCUGAUCAAUGCUUACCAGGUGAUGAUAAUGGAGUUCCACAGCCGUUUAUCUUAGUUGCCGAUGAAGCUUUUGCAUUACAUAACAAUUUAUUACGACCAUUCCCAGGUAGGAAAUUAAAUAACAACAGGAGAAUUUUUAACUAUCGCUUAUCAAGGGCUCGUCAAUACAUAGAAUGUUCGUUUGGAAUUUUGUCAAAAAAAUGGCGAGUAUUUCAGACGAGCAUGUUGGUUGACCCAAAUGUUGCGGUCACAAUAACAAAAGCCUGCUGCGUCUUACAUAACUUUGUACGACGCAGAGACGGACUAGAUGGUGAAAAUAUUUAUGAAGAUACACAAAGCAAUCCUAUGGAAAGUAUAAUGGAAAGGAGAGGGGUUGGAAAUUCGCAGACCAACGCAAAAGAUGUAAGGGAAUACUUCGUGACGUAUGUGAAUGACCCGAAAUACGCACUUAGCUGGCAGAAUAAAAUUAUUGGUGAAUAA